AUGGCACCUGCCUUGACUUCCUCGGCGCCCACAGCUCCCCAUGAGCUGUCCAAGGGUCUCGCCAACAACAAAGUAGACAGGAGUAUCUUUCCUGACGGCAUCCGCACCUCAGGACAGCAUGAGCCGCUCUUCGAUCAACUUCGCCCAUAUGAAGAUUUCCCAAAAGAGAUCACCGGCCCCACUGCCUGGUCGAAAGCCGACUACCAGGACAACCCUGAGCGCUGGACACACGUAUUUUCCGAGUCGGAAGUAGCCGAGAUAUCAAACGCUGCAGACGCUUUCAUUUCAUCGGGUACACCCUUGACUGGUAUCACAAAGGAGAAGUUCCAGCUGCCAGAGUUCAGCAAGUUCCUCGAGCCUCUCCGCAAGGAGAUCAUUGAUGGCAAAGGCUUCAUCCUCUUCAAGGGACUGCCUGUUCUCGAGUGGGGAAACAAGAAGUCUGCUGUUGCAUACAUGGGUCUUGGAACAUACCUCGGGUACUUUGUGAGCCAGAACUCGCGUGGACAUGUUCUCGGACACGUCAAGGAUCUCGGUGAGGAUGCUACUCAGAUCGACAAGGUGCGCAUCUACCGCACCAACGCACGACAGUUCUUCCACGCCGACGAUUCGGAUCUCGUGGGUCUGCUGUGCAUCGCAAAGUCGCUCGAGGGUGGUGAGAGCGAUUUGGUCAGCAGCCACGAGGUAUGGAACGUGCUGCAGAAGGAGCACCCAGAUGUUGCGAAGCUGUUCACCGAGCCAAUUUGGUACUUCGAUCGCAAAGGAGAGACGAGUGAGGGCCAGCAGGAGUGGAUCCGAACCAGUGUGUUCUACCUAGAGACUGGUGACAACCCGCGCGUGUACUCGAAGUGGGAUCCGUACUACGUCAAGUCCCUGACACGCUUCAGCGAUAAGGGCCUCAUUCCUGCUCUUUCACCCGAGCAGGUUCGUGCUGCUGCCAUCCUCGACGAGACCUGCCUGCGCCUCGCCCUGCACAUGAUCUUGGACAUUGGUGACAUCCAAUUUCUGUCGAACAACCACGUACUGCACGCCAGGACAGCAUAUAAGGACUUCCCACCGCCGGCGCCCCGCAGGCAUCUGAUGAGGCUGUGGUUGAGCACACCUGAGGACGAGGGUGGCUGGAAGCUGCCCUUCCACGACAGCAAGGACAAGAAGAGGGGAGGUAUCCAGGUGAACGACACACCACCUGUUGCACCCGAGGAUGCGGAGUAA